CACUUCCACAACUCCUUUUCCCUCGCAGCCCCUGGCGCAGCCCUGCCCGCCAUGUCGGCCAGCAAACUGGAGAAAAAGAUUUGGAACUUGGAAAUCCGACUCCGCGAGGAGUUCCAGCAGGAACUGGAGGCGGUCUUCGCGAAGAUCGAUGACUUGGAGCGGCGCUUGGAGUCUCCGCAGCCGCUGGGAGUCUCCCCAGGACCCGCGGCGACGGUCCCAGGCGUCCCGGACGCGGCGAUGUCGCCCAGUUGGGCGAACCCCGCGGCGGCGGGCGCCCCGGCGCCGGCGCCGCCCUCCAAGCGGCGCUCGCGGUUCUCGGUGCACGCCGUGGUGCCUGUGGAGGGCGAGGGUGCUCGAGCAGAUGUUGAUGAUGGACGGCCAGAACGGUGGAUUCCACUGGAGCCGGUGGCCUUCCUGGAGUCGACCUGGAAUCUGGUGCUGGUGUUGGGCUACACGGAGUCGGGUUGGUUGGAUGUACUGAUCGCGGGAUUGAUGCUGGUGAUCAGUGCUGGCCUGCAAAUCACUUUCAGCAUGAUCUUGCUGACGGAGGACUUCCUGGGUCAGCCCUUCACGUCUCAGAUUGCAGCAGCCACCGCCUGGAGACAGAAGGUGGCGCACGAUUACAAGCACAUGGACCUGGCUCAGACCAGCCUGGUGAGCCGGGUGUGUAAUCAGGCUGAUGGCUUGAUUAUCUCCAAUGACCAGGCGAGCUUGAUUGGGCAGAUCAAUGCCUACAUGGGCUUCGAUACUGGUGAUUUUGAGCCAACGCGGCUUCGCCUAGGUGUUUUGCUGUGCAUGCUUUGCAUUUUGCUGUGGUGCCUCUACCUUUGUAACGAGUUCCGCAUGAUUUGCAUCUCGCUGGAGGCGAUGCUGCAAGUGCCGCGGGGUCGGCGCACGAAGGUGGAGCAUGGGCGCUUCAUCACCAUAUCCUACCAGCGCUUCGCCAUGUACUGCUUCAUGCGCCUCACUCGGGCCACUAUUGUUGGUUUGCUCCUCUAUGCUGGCAUUGUGUGGCUGGCCAACACCACCUCGAUUACGGACUUGAUGCUCAAUGCUGUCGCCUUGGGAGCGAUCUUGGAGGUGGAUGAGAUGUUCUUCGCAGCGCUGAUGCCCAAGAAGAUCCAGAUCAAGAUUCAGGACCUCGAAGCCAUUAAGAUCACCUACAGCCAGCGGCGCAGCCAGGUGGAGUCGGUGCUGCUGGUGAUCUUCAUGACGGGUCUGAUGAUCUGGCCGUGGCAAGCGUUGGUGGAACCCUUGGGCGAAGCCAUGAAGUUGGUGAAGACGGAGUACUGCGGAUACAACCAGGACUUUGUGGUGGGGCUGAAUGAGAAUCUAGGGGUUCCGGUGGGCUUGCAUACCUACUCCUUUGAAGAGGCCAGCAAGAACGUGAGCCUCAUCGAAAAUUCCGUGAGCCAAUACCUCAUGCAGGCGGACACGUCCACCUCGGAUCACAUCAGGUUCGCCUUCUCGGCGCGCGACUUCGAGACGAAGCGCACGGAGACGGUGCUGGCCACGGCCACGAGCUUUUUGAUGUGUGGGAAUUUGGAUAAGUGGUACAUCGAUGGUGCGGAGAACCCCUUGAAGGAGACCUAUGCACCCUUCUGGUGGUCCCUGGCCGCCGGCUUCGGCCUACCGGACAGCAGCAGCUGCGCCAACAUGUCGAGCUACUGCGAGUCGGACGAGGGUCAGCUCCUUCGACUGCUGUGUCCGGAGACCUGCUCCUGCGACAAGCCGCUGACCAGCCCCUGGUACAAGGUGGCGAACCAGGGCUGCCCCUUGAAGUGCGAGCCUCCCCGCGAGGAGGCCGUGAAGGCGUUGCCCUGCCAGGAUGCCAGCGAUGCGAUCGACUGGGUGGGCUUCUGGGAAGAUUACCCCGGCAUCAUGGCCUCCUACUUGACCCUGGAGGAUGCCUCGAGCGAUCCCAACGUGACGAAGAUCGUGAACAUGAUGGUGCAGAACAACAGCUGUGCGCUGCUCUCGGAGCUAGGCUUUGAGCCGCUCACCUCGGGCGACUGGUGCACUGGGAAGGAUUUACUUUGGGCACCCUUGGCCCAUAUUUGUCCCGUAGCCUGUGGCUGUGCUGAGGAGACAGCCAUGUGGGAGAAGCCCAGCUAUUGUCCUACAGCCUGCACCUGCCAGGAUGCAAGCAAGCUGGAUGGCAACUUCCUGGGCCCGGAGCAUGAGGACGACAACAUCACCACCUGCGCCCAGGCGGCGCAGCUGGGCCUUUGCGCGGAUCCGAAUGUGUGGCCCAAGCUGCAGAGAACCCCCUCGGUCCAACGACCUUCUGAGUUCUGAGGAUAUGGCCAGGAGCUCUAGGGAUGGAUGAUGUGCUUACCACCUUGUGGCGGUGGUUUUUUUUCCAUUGGAUCCGGCUUCUCGGAAAUCCAAUCCAACGAGUAGGUCGCAACCCUUCUGGCCCAGCCCGUGGAACUCAAUGAAGCACUUGGGAGCGUUCCUUUUUUCGGAGCCGGUGGCUUUUUCACGCGGCUUUCUCGCCCUAUAAAGGAACAUUGGUUUCAGACCACUCUAAGGCGGUGGCUCGAAGAUGGAAGACUGAGAGGUCAAGAGGGGAGUUCCUUUUUUCUUUGGAUGCCUACUCCUACCCUGCCCGUCCAACGCUCCCAUCUCACCAUGGUUCAGGAUGGGAUGGUGGAUGGGGUGUCCAAUUUCUGCAGUGAGUGCCAGCCCGAGCCCGAGCGGUCGGAUCUUCGCCCGAGGGAGCGCGCCUGCAGCUUGAGCUGUGAUGCUUGCGACGGCCCCCCCUAAAGAGGAGUGCCACCACACAGGCUGGCUCGACUGGAGGACACGGCUAACGACUGAACGCGGCUGCCAAGCAGCAAGACGUGAGCCCGAGAUUUGGGGUGGCUUGUGGCCUCAAAAAUGCUCUACUCUAUUUUUGUUCAUGAAGUUCAGCUAGUUAGUGAAGGUCUGCGACGAAGAGCUUCUGAAUCCCCC